AUGGGAGUAGGGGUGAGUCCUCCCACGGAGGGGCGGGCUCCCGCACCGCUGCGCUUCCGGGACCGGCGCCACCGGGACCUGCGCCUGCACAGUAGCUGCUACAUGGCACCAGCCGGAGGCCCGCGGGUCAAGAAGGGCAUUUUGGAGUGUCUGGACAGCGGGGAGGUUGUGGUGGGGGAUGGCAGCUUCUUCCUCACUCUGGAGAAAAGAGGCUUUGUGAAGGCAGGGCUCUGGAUUCCAGAAGCAGUAGUAGAGCAUCCAAGCGCAGUUGGUCAGCUUCACAGAGAAUUCUUGAGAGCGGGAGCUCAUGUCUUGCAGACCUUCACCUUUUCUGCAACUGAGGACAAUAUGGAAAGUAAGUGGGAAGACAUAAAUGCAGCUGCCUGUGACCUGGCCAGGGAGGUGGCUGAUGAAGGGAAUGCUUUGGUGGCAGGGGCCAUCUGUCAGACAUCACUGUACAAAUACCACAAGGAUGAAACUAGAAUCAAAAACCUUUUUCGAGUACAGCUAGAAGUUUUUGCCAGGAAAAAUAUGGACUUCUUGAUUGCAGAGUAUUUUGACCAUGUGAAAGAAGCCGUGUGGGCUGUGGCAGUCUUGAGAGAAGUGGGGAAACCUGUGGCUGUGACCAUGUGCAUCGGCCCGGAUGGGGACAUGCAUGAUGUGACCCCUGGAGAAUGUGCAGUGAAGCUGGCACAGGCAGGUUCUUUACUGCCUUGCACAAGGGCAGCCAUCAUUGGAGUCAAUUGUCGGUUUGGGCCCUGGACCAGCUUGCAGAGCAUGGAGCUCAUGAAGGAAGGCCUCAAGGAUUCAGGCCGGCAAGCUCACCGGAUGGUGCAGUGCCUUGGCUUCCACACACCUGACUGUGGCAUGGGAGGGUGUGUGGACCUUCCAGAAUAUCCCUUCAGCCUGGAGCCCAGAGUUGCGACCAGAUGGGAUAUUCAAAAAUAUGCCAGAGAGGCCUACAACCUGGGGGUCAGGUUCAUUGGCAGCUGCUGCGGAUUUGAGCCCUACCACAUCAGGGCGAUUGUGGAGGAGCUGGCCCCAGAAAUGGGAUUUUUGCCACCAGCUUCAGAAAAACAUGGCAGCUGGGGAAGUGGUUUGGACAUGCACACCAAACCCUGGAUCAGAGCAAGGGCUAGACGGGAAUACUGGGAGAAUCUGCUGCCAGCUUCAGGAAGACCCUUCUGUCCUCCCCUAUCAAAGCCAGAUGCAUAAGAAGCAAUGAAAGAAAACUCUGAAGUGAGAAAUGACUUCAAGCCCCAUCUGGAACCUUCCUCAUUGCUGCCCUUAGCCUAGUCUGUUCUUCCAGCUGCUGAGAGCAUCAAUGAGCUGCAACACAUCUCUCCUGAGCAUGCUUAUCAGAUGCAGUGACGCUGUGGAGGCACCUGGACCUGGACCCCCACCCCACAUACUCUGUGCCUAGUGAUGUCAUAUUGCAUCCAUUUGAAGAUCAUCAGGCAUGGCCAGAGUUGGCUCUCAGGGUGGAGUUGACAUUCUCAAAUAAUCAGAAGUCAGCAAGAAGCAACCUUGGUGAAUAAUUCGGCUGUCUAAGCUAGGUGCUGAAGGGAGAGCAGUGUUCUGAACUAGCAAUCAGUCAGUCUGCUUUUCUCAAGUGAUUUCUAUUGUAGCUACAAACACAGUCUCCAUAGAGGAGAGCCAAAGCUGCUGUGAGUGAUGGCAGGAGUACUGAAUAAGCACAAAGCUUUGCUCUCAAAGAUGAUUUUUUUUUUUUUUUUUUGCAUUCAGGUCCUUGAAUUUGUGAGUGCAUCUUUAUAAUCAUACAUAGCUAGAUAAUAAACUACUGACACUCAAAGUCCA